UCAAGUCGGAAAUUAAAGACCGCGACACUUACUUCCGGAAUAAACACUCCUCUUAAAAACAUACGCAGCCCAACAACAUGGUGGCACUAUAGUUUUAUUUAAACGGCAAUGUUUUUUUUUUUUAAAUGGGUGAUACAGGUAGGUUAGUUUCAAAAUAUAUAUAUCUCAAAUUGCUAAUAACGGACGAGAAAGCUUCCAUUUUUUGACGACUUAGCUGCGAAAAUAACGUCGUGUGCGUGUAGCAGGUUAAGAUCCGUAAAAGCUAGCUCGCAUCCUAAAUUAGCCUGCAGAACCCCACACAAUGAGCCGGGGCGUUUUCAUCCACAGCUGGCCCGGCUCCUACUACAUUAACUCAGACAAAAGAUGGGAUAAUGGUACGCUGUCCCUGAGCAGAACCACGCUGUGUUUCAUCUCCAACCAAACGAAGGAAAACCUUGCCAGCUUCUCCCUCUCCAGGAUCAUGGAGAUCAAAAUGGAAUCGUCCAGCUUCAUCUUCAGCACUCUGACAGUCUUGGAAGAAGGCAACGCCAAGCACUGGUUCGGUUCCUUGAAGCCCAAUAGGGUGGUGGUUUAUAACGUACUGGAGCAUUUCUGGAGGGAACGCCUCUUGUCCCCUGGCUCAGAGGCCAAGGGGCAACCCGAAAAUCGGACCUCUAAAGGCCGGGACCUCAUCAGCCUUGUGGCCGGGGAUCAGAGGCGACUGGAGGACACUGGGACUGUGCUGAGCCACCAAGGAGAGCAGUUUGACCACAUGAUCCAAGGCCUGGAGAAGAUUGACUCGGACCUGGGAGUGGCUGAUAAGCUCCUGUCACAGCUGGAAUCAACUUCCUGGUGGCCUUUUGGGAAAAUUCCAUGGAAGAUUCAACAGGAAGCCAAGGCCGAGGAUGCCGCUCUGGCGGCCGCCGCAGCCUACAGAGGCCCCGACAGGAGUAAGGUGAUCGCAAGCAUCCCGGCUGUCGUGUCCAAAGGCAGAGAUUGUGACUUGAAGCCCGGCUGUCUCCUGGUGCUGGUGUCCUCGCUGGAGGUGAGGAACACUGGAUGCCAGCUGCUGCACUGCUUCCAACGAAACGAAAUCGACGAAAUCCAAGUGCACAGCCCGUACGAGAUCACGGUCAGGCAGAGGUUUAUCGGGAAGCCGGAUGUUUGCUACCGACUCUUGUCUGCAAAGAUGCCGGAGGCGCUGUCCGUGCUGGAGAUGCAGUACAAGAAGAAGGUGGAGUUCACCAGUGAAUACGCUGCCUUUAAGGUUUCUCCUGCUUCACCUUCGUGUGUCCCUGAGGGGUCCAUUUCCUGUGAUGGUCUGUCGCACAGGUGCCAGGACACGGAUAUACCGAUGGAGGUCGCAGCAGGAGGGCUGUCCCAGCUGCACGUGCAAGUACUCCAGCCGACUGUCAGCCAGGCCGAAGCCCAAGAGCUCAAACAGAUGCUGAUGCAGCUGAAGAACCUGGCUCUGGAGGCAGAAACGGAACUGGAGCGGCAGGACGAGGCGCUGGACGUCCUGACCAGCUCCACGGACCGAGCCACCAUGCACAUUGAGAAGCACACCUGCCGCAUGAAGCGAUUGCUGUGAGGACAGGCAGGGACAUGAAUUAAUUUAUUUCCUCCUUGAGGUGAAAUAGUCUUUAUUAUUUGUUUAUUGGCAUUUUGUGCGACUCUUUCGCAAUCGUGGAAUACUUGGCAUUAAUUAAUAAUAAAUCAUUAAUUAAAUUACCAUGAAACAAUAUAAAGCUAGACAAUUCUUAGUGAAAUGAUAACCAUUAUUAUUAUUAAACCCUAGUUUCCUGGAAUGUUGAGCAUAUAGUACAACGCGUCGCUUGGCAAAAACAAUGCCUUAAGUGCACCCACUCGUCAGAAGACAAAGUGCAUGUUCCACUGUUGCUUUAUGGCAAAGACACAUCCAUCACGUUGCAUGUCUGUCAAUGGACACACUACAGCAGGACAAAAAUACUAGUUCUUGUGUAAUAUGAAUACUCUAAAGCAGGGGUGUCCUAACUCUUUGACUUUGGGGCCACAUUGGGAUAAAACAGUUUGGGCCAAAAGCAGGCUGCAUUUAAAGUAACAAUAUGCGCACACACACAUACAGUAUAUGUUUGUGUGUAUAUAUAUGUAUAUAUUGAAAUAAGGCUGUAACAUAACAAAAUGUGGGAAAAAUUAAGUGCUGUGAAUACUUUACGGAUGCACUGUAUAGUAUAUAUAUAUAUAUAUAUAUAUAUAUAUAUAUAUAUAUAUGUAUAUGUAUAUGUAUAUAUAUUAAUAUUUAGAUUUUAGAUUUAGAUUUAUUGGUCCCCGUUGGGGAAAUUAAUUUUCACUGCUGUACAUUUGAACAAUAUACAUUACACAUCACGAAACAAAAAUAACAAAAGGACAUCAUACAUGACCAACACACAUUUACAGGCUUGUCAGACAGACAGGUUGGCCGGGCCUGCUGUUAAGGGUGGCUAUAGCUGCAGGGAUAAGGCUUUUCCUGAGGCGGGCUCUCCGGAAUUUGAUGAUAUAUAUAUCAUCAAAUCUAGUAUAUAUAAUAUGUAUAUAUAAUAAUAAUAAUAAUAAUACCUGGGAUUUAUAUAUAUAUAUGUGUGUGUGUGUGUGUGUGUGUGUGUGUGUGUGUGUGUGUGUGUGUGUGUGUGUGUGUGUGUGUGUGUGUGUGUGUGUGUGUGUGUGUGUGUGUGUGUGUGUGUGUGUGUGUGUGUGUGUGUGUGUGUUUUUAUGGCUAUUUAUAUAUAUAUAUAUGUGUAUGUUUUAUAAUAUUAUAUAUAUAUACACACACACAUGCCUACAAUAUAAAUACACAAUGUACACCAUAUAUUUGUUCUAAAGUUAGUGUAGUGAUAUGGAUAUUAAAUAUAUUUGUAAUGUACUUACAUAGAGCUACUAAAUAAAUUAGUUAUCUAAAUCACUACACUAACUUCAGUUGUAGUAACAAUUUUAAGGCAAAACCACUGUUUUUUUAAAUUAAUAUUUAUUCCAACUCCGUGUGCUGUCUCAUUGAGUGCUUGUGUGCUCAUGCUAAUCAAGUUUACACAGCUGUUUUUACAGUACUCAACGAUCGCAAUGAUUUAAGUCUGCAUAUUAAUUUCAUACCAAAUUGUGGAGAGAAGUUUUCCAAACAUGUAAGAAUACAGUACAACCUGCAAUAAAGCCCAAUUUUGAAGGGUUAUCGCCAUUACGCUGUCAUCUGGAACUGCGCACACCAACACGUAGAUACGCAUACACUAAUACACACAACACUUUUUUUUUGCCACACAGCAGAGCGUUGAUUGUAACAUAACAACAAUCAUUCAUACAAAAAUAAAGAAUGUAGGAUUUACAGUUCUAUCAGGAAAUGAUCAGGGAUAUUUAAGUUUGCAUUGAUUAAAACAAGCUAGCGCUAACAGACUGUAUAACUACACAUUACUUAAACAGUUACUAACACAUCAGACCCUGACGACACUACAAUAUGAAAUAGAAACGAUAAAACAUUGAAUAUUAAGAGUAUGUGAACCACGUGUACCUUUUUUACUUCCGUGAUGAUCUUCUUAAAGUUUUGUAAUCAAUCAGAAAUAUCAAACUGCUAAAAUGUGCCAAACAUGGCAAAGUGUGACGAGAGAGAGUUUUGCAUAUUACCCAUAAUGCUUGGUAGUGGCUUUAAAUGGGUGUAAGUUUAACUUGUGUAUGGUGCUUAGACAUUUUUUUAUAAUGUCCACAUCAGUAAGCAGGUUUGUGCCACAUGUGUUAGCUUUCUGUCUUGUUAUGGUUUAUUUGCACUAUGAGCGGGAGAGGUUGCUUGGGUUGGGGCAUAUAAAUUGACGCUAUGCUUUGUCCAUAAUACAAAACUCAUGAUCAUUGACCAACAUUACCAACACAAAGUGGCAGAUUUUUAGCAAUGUAUUACACUGUAACGAUAUUAAAUUUUAACUCUGGACAUCCCUCGGUCCAGACUUCAUAUUUGACUUGGGACAUUUCGCCAGCCAGACUGACAACUUUUGUUGUAGUUUUGACACCACUGCUUUAAAGACUGGAUAUGAAUGAUGUGUCUGUCGUCUGCUAUCACUGUAAUUAUCUAUUGUUGAGCAAAUUAAUGCUUGAACACUAACUAGUCCUUUUCCACACGUCUGUCAUUAUUGCAAUUCAAUUAAAUAAAGUCUAUUAUUAUUGGU